UUGUCCACAGAUCCCGACACGGCGUUAGCUCGGAUGCAAGCUAUUCAACUGGCUCGCGAGCGUCAACAGAAGCUUCUAGAAGAAGCUUCCGCCAGAGCUCUGCGGGAACGGAGAGAGCGUGAAGAACGGAAGAGAGCAGAGGCAAUGGAGAAGCUUAAGAAGCUGGAAGAGAAUGGAGGACACCGGCUGGGCACCGGAGAUUGUGAGCACUUCUUUUUAAGGUUCCGUAAAUAUUCAGACAUACAUAACGCUUGGUAUCAUCUGGAUAUCUAA